AUGCGACCAAUCCGUACACUGCGACUUCCAAGUCGCCCAACUCCAGCCCCUUCUCAGCGCAAUGUAUGCCAACUCUCCCAGCAAACACCCACAAGGCCAAUGAGCACAACACGACCAACCCUUCCUUACCUACGACCAAGCCAAGGCCCCAAAACCACCACACGAGCCUUCGGCCUACCCGACCUAUCAUCCUUCCUCCCCAACAACAACGCCAACAACUCCCCGCACCGCGUCCUAACCGCCACCCGCAACCUCCCCUACAACCCAGCCCUGCUCUACAAAGUGAUCGCCUCAGUGGAAUCCUACAGCCAAUUCCUCCCCUUCCUGACCGCGUCGACCGUGACAGCGCGCGAUCCGGAAACCGGGUACCCGACCCAAGCGUUCUUGACAGUCGGCUACGGCCCGCUCAGCGAGACGUUCACAUCGCGCGUGAUCUGCGAUGUAGAGAAGCUGACUGUCGAGGCGAAGAGCGGUGCUCAGUACGGGAAAGAGGAAAAGGAUGUUCAGGCUAGCAAGAGCUCUUCGUCUGGACUGAGUGGGUUCUUCCCCGGUGCGAAUGAGGGCCUUUUUGAAUACCUCACCACGAAGUGGGAGCUGGUGCCGCUUUCGCAGGCUGAGGGGCAGGGUAAGCCGUUGACUAAGGUUAAUUUGGAGGUGCGGUUUGAGUUCCGUUCUCAGAUGCAUGCUACUAUUAUGAGUGCUGUUGAGGGGCAGAUGGCUGGGGUUAUGAUUGAGGCGUUUGAGAAGCGGAUACGGGAGGUUGAGGGCAAAGGGCAGUGA